UUUAACCCUGAAGUUAGGUUAAAAUAACCCAAGUUUGGUUAUUUUAAUCCAACCACUGAGUUUUUAGUGUGCUGCAGCAUCACUGUUUCCGAAAACCCUGAAAACAAUGUGGACCAAAGCAGUUUCCUCCGUGUGUUCAUAGUGAGAGGACAGAUUCUGCACCAGUUCAGUGAGUCACAGGUGGAAAAAAGAAGUAGGAAGAUGUGUGGAGAAACACUGCUGUUUAAUGGGUUUAGACGUCAUGACGUCAUGCAGUAAUUAAAACUGUUUUCUGGAAUUCCUGCGCCGCUCAGGUUCGCUGGAGGAUUUGCAGCACCUGCACCUUAGUGUGGGAGUGCAGUGUUUUCACUGGACGGAGUUCAGACUCCGGAGAGAGAGGGGAAGGGGCGCGCGAGCUUUCUCUGGGAAACCGCGGGUUUAUUAGAGCUUUCUUACGAGCUCUCCAGCAGAACAGCUCCGCGCGCUCGCAGCAUCUCCUCUGUCACGGCCAGGACCCCGCCAGCAUUAUGGUUGCUCCACAUGACAGAUGGCACUUUGCAGAUCUUCAGGAAUCCUCCCAACGCGCGCUUAAAGCUCCCCCGUCUCAUGUUUAAGCUUUGGCUGCCUCGCUCUGUUUUUUUUAUUCUGAUUUACAAAGAAAAAAAGCUUUUGGUUGAUUUCUCUCCUGACAGCUCAGACUCAGAGCAGAGGACCACCGGGAGGAGAUAGACUGCGCGCAGUUCUGUCUGAAGUACAAACGUCAGCGCACUGCAGAGUGACACAGCUUUACUUACGAUGACGGUUUGCCUCGAGGCACAAAGGAUUUAGGAUGAAAGUUGUGAGGCAUCUUUCUUUUCUGUUCAGCUGCUGGACUCUCCUUUACCCGCAUCCCGUCCUUGCUUCACGCAGCUGGACCACGCAAAAGGAGCGCGAGCAUCGCCAGCUUGGAGAGGCAAGACGGCAGACAGAAGCACGCGAAGUUGGUCAGUUACUAAAAAAAGUUCCCGGUGCGUGGAAUCCCUCCGCGCGCAUCCCCGCUGGUCCGCCGCCGCUCAAAGGCGAGACUUCUGUUGAUAGAAACAAACCGUCCUCCUCGCGGUCAUCCGUGUACUCAUCCGCCAAACAUCUGCCGAAGCUGCAGGAUAAGGUGGACAACUCAGCGCGCAAAGGGGUUUCGCGCUCCUGGGUGUCCCCAACGGACGCGCACGUCAAGGUCCAUGCUCCCGCAACUGUUAACGCUUACGCAGCAGUGAAAGAAACCCCAACUGUUGGGGGUAAAGCCUCAGCUGGCAAGAAAAUGGAGAGAGUUGCUUCAAAGGCAAGCGCGGCUGCUGCUGCUGCACGCGCGGCUUCCCCUCACCAAACCGGCGGCGCGCAGAGGAGGCUGCCUCCGGCGGCGCAGCGCAGCAGCAGCAGCCAGAAUCCGAGGCUUCAGCACAGACAACCGCUGGUGACCCCUCACGACUACAUGCUGUCGCUGUACUGGUCUCUAUCCAGCGGGGGACUGAACAGCAGCGCGCUGCACGAGGCGGCUCUGGCCAACACCAUCACCAGUGUCGUGGACAGAGGUCAAGAUGACCAUGGGCCCCUGCUGCAACGUCAGAAAUAUUACUUCAACAUUAGCUCUUUGGAGCUAGAGGGGCUCCUUGGGGCUGAGCUACGAAUCCUGAGGAAGCCUAUGUCUGACCCCCGCAUGGCCUCAAGGGGCUCUACUGCUGGCGAAGGGGGAGGGAAAAGCCAGUCCCCUUACCUGAAGCUUUACACAUGUGCUUCAGUAAAACAGAAAUGUGUUUUGCUCCAAGUGAAGAGCACGGAGGACUGGUUCAGCACACUGAGCAACAAAUGGGAAGUAUUUGACAUCAAUAAGAUCUUCCUGAACUUAAAAAAGCAGCAGAACCAUCACUCCCAGCAGCUCUGCUUUGAGUUGGAAGCACUGGAGCACCGCAGAGGUCGCCCCAUGGACCUUCGCACCUUAGGAUUUUCUCGUCUUGGCAGAACAAACAAAGAAAAGGCCUUUCUUUUGGCUUUCGGCAGAAGCAACAAGCGUGAUCUUUUUUACAAUGAAAUAAAAGCCCGUUCAGGCCACGAUAAUAAAACCGUCUAUGAGUACCUGUUUACCCAGCGACGAAUGAGGCGAGCCCCUGCAGCAAGGGGGACAAAGAGAGUUCUGGAACUGCCCAUGCCGUCCUUCACCAAAAACCAGCAAGGGAAGCCCAGGCAGCGCUGCCACAGAAAACAUCUGCAUGUUAACUUCAAAGAGAUGGGCUGGGAUGACUGGAUCAUUGCCCCGCUGGAAUAUGACGCCUUUCACUGCAGCGGUACCUGCGACUUCCCUAUCCGCUCACACCUCGAACCCACCAACCACGCCAUCAUCCAGACCUUGAUUAAUUCAAUGGACCCAAAGUCCACCCCUCCCACCUGCUGCGUCCCGACACGCCUCAGCCCCAUCAGCAUUCUCUACAUUGACUCUGCCAAUAACGUUGUGUAUAAACAGUACGAAGACAUGGUGGUGGAAUCAUGCGGGUGCAGGUAGCACAGACAGAAGAAGAGCACCUGUUCUGUACUGCAAGCUUGUUUAAUCUAUCAGACUUUAAACUGGAAGAUCGACACUGGGCAAGGUAGUUGUUCUGUUAGACCCACUGCUGUGCAACUCACAUUAAUCUUCUACCAGACAGCAUACCAAAGACUGAGCAGAGAAACGGGUGCUGAUUUGAGACACUUCAUUGCCACAACUAAUCCUGACGGUGGCAAUCAACAUGUGCCGGAAAAGUAGGAGGUUAUAGAAACAACUAGAAAAAAAAGGAUUUGGGCUCUCCUGUCUGUUAUAUGAUUGGUGUAAAAAGUUGUUUGUGUAUUAGAAACUUUAAAUGAAGUGUACACAGAAAUGCCAUUUCCAGCACUUAACUAACAGAGUCCUUUUUAUGCCUUAUCCAGAACUUGUGAAAGCAUGCAAAGAAUCUCUGAUGUAUAAAUAAUGGCCAGUGAUGAAGUGCUAAUCUGACCUGCUUCAAAUGUGGGAAAGCUCCUCAAGCUAGUCUCUAAUAAAAAUGUUGAACUGACUGAGCUCCAAACUCCCAUCACUGCUCCCUCCACCCCCGGAGCCUGUGCAGACAGAACUAUCAAAGGAAUUUGAGAACUUCUCAGCAGCCAAACUUACACUUCAUCCCAAGAAUGACUUAUUAUUAUCUCAACACGUUGAGCAACAAACUGGCAGAAUUACAUUCUGACCAUACAUAAUGAUAAUCAAUAAAAAUCUGAGCAACUGUAGGAAGAAGGAAGAAACAACGAUUAAACGUGUUUAAUCUUAAAUGAAUGUUUGAACAGUUUUCUAGAUAUUCACAUUUCAUUUUGAACCACUCGCAUUCAUCUACUCGCUCUAACAUACACAAAAAUCUACUCACUUAUAUAUCUACAUUCUUACUCCCACAUUCAUAUACUUUAUUCAUAUUGUUACAUUCAAACUUUUCUAGUCUUAAAUCAUCAUAUGCUCAUGCUCGGUAUUAUUUUUUUUCUCUGCAUCACAUUCACUGUACAUUAAUAUUUAUGUAUAUUAAUUUAGGUAAGGAAUAGAAAAAUGUUGAUCUAGAUUUCUUCUACUUUGUUUUUCAUCAUGAGACCAAAGAUGAUAUCGUCAAGUAAAUGUUUGUAAUGACAGGAUCAUGCGUUGAAGCUAAUUGUUUAUUUUUGUCCAAAAUAUUUCUGUCCGGGCACAUUGGGAAAAAAAAAAACAAAACAAAUGCUGUGUAGUUUUAAUUUCAGGUUUACUAAAUGUCCACUUAUCAUCAUUAAUAGUGAGUUGUGACCUUUGUAAUUCUUAGGAUGGAUAGAUGUCACUCACAAUAUUAAGAGGAUUUCUUUAGUUUUGUGGACAACAGAAUAUCUGUUUGAUUGUUAUGAUUAAACGUGUAUUCAGACUGGAAAAGUAUUUUGGGCUGGACAGAGUCCGCUUUAUUUGGUCUGGAUCAAGUCCUGAAUCUUGCGUUUGGUCUGUAUUGAUUUUGGAUUAUUUUCUACACACCGUGUGAUUCAACCUCCUGUUGCCGGUCCUCCAGUAGUUUUUUAUGUGUUUGAUUCUAGAAUUGAAAAAAAGAGCAAUAAUUCUCACCUUUACUGCAAACUGUGUUUUGAGAAAUACGUGGAUAAGAAAAAGCCAUAAACAUUUAUGUGUGUACAACUUUGUAUUUACUCAGAUUUAUGGAUAACAGAACCUUCCCGUAGCUUCACAAAUAUGGAGACUUUAUAGCCCAGUCUAAAAGUUAGUUUUAGACUGAGCAUACAAAAAAUAUCAAUUAGAUGAUAAAAUGAAUAAGCAAUUUGUAAAUAGGCAAUGUUACUAAAGUCUUUUAAAAGAAAUACAAAUAAGCAUAGGUUCCUUAAAAAAAAAAAAAAA